AUGUCGAGGCGGCUGCUGGCAGCCCUGCCGCCAGUCUGUCUUUGUCUCUCCGCUGUGUGGGCGCGACUCUCCGCUGUGUGGGCGCGUCUCGAGCACGUGGCAGCCGGAGCGCGCAGGCCGGAGGGACAGCGACCUGGGUUUAGUGGCUAUGGCCGCCUGGCAAAAGGAGAACACUGGUGCCCAGGGGACAGUUCUCCCCGAAUCCUGGCUGAGUGUCCCUCUUCUUGGACCCAGGCUUUGCGGGGGAAGAAGGGGGGAUUCUCUUCUCGCCCCCCCCAUCUCCUGGAGUCCCCCAUCAGUCACGCCCUUCUGGGAAUCCAGAUCCUUCCUUACGGCGCCUGGGACCCAAGCUCAACUCGGACAGCUACACCCGCCCCCACCCCCAAAAGCUCGAGCAGGGCCUGCAGCCCUCUUUCCCCAGCAAAAGGCAAAAUGCCAGUGGGUGGGGUGGACAUCGAGCAACUGGAUCCCCGUGGUCGGACUCCUCUGCACCUGGCCACCACACUGGGGCACCUUGAGUGUGCCCGUGUGCUCCUGGCGCACGGUGCAGACGUGGGCAGGGAGAAUCGCAGCGGCUGGACAGUGCUUCAGGAGGCUGUGAGUACCCGGGACCUGGAGCUGGUGCAGCUAGUGCUGCGGUAUCGGGACUACCAGCGAGUGGUGAAGCGGCUGGCGGGCAUCCCCGUGCUCCUGGAGAAGCUGCGCAAGGCCCAGGACUUCUACGUGGAGAUGAAAUGGGAGUUCACUAGCUGGGUGCCCCUGGUAUCCAAGAUCUGCCCUAGUGACACCUACAAAGUGUGGAAGAGUGGGCAGAACCUGAGGGUAGACACCACACUCCUGGGCUUUGACCACAUGACCUGGCAGCGAGGGAACCGCAGCUUCGUCUUCAGGGGCCAAGACACAAGCGCUGUGGUCAUGGAGAUUGACCAUGACCGCCGGGUGGUGUACACAGAGACUCUGGCACUGGCCGGGCAGGACCGUGAGCUGUUGCUGGCUGCCGCCCAGCCCACCGAGGAGCAGGUGCUGAGCCGGCUCACCGCGCCUGUUGUCACCACGCAGCUUGACACCAAGAAUAUCUCCUUUGAGAGGAAUAAAACUGGCAUCCUGGGCUGGCGCAGUGAGAAGACUGAGAUGGUGAAUGGAUAUGAAGCUAAGGUAUAUGGGGCAUCCAACGUGGAGCUUAUCACCCGGACACGGACAGAGCAUCUUUCAGAACAGCACAAGGGCAAGGUCAAAGGCUGUAAGACACCUCUGCAGUCCUUCCUGGGAAUUGCUGAGCAGCAUGGGGGUCCCCAAAAUGGGACCCUGAUCACUCAGACUCUGAGCCAAGCCAACCCCACUGCCAUCACUGCAGAAGAAUACUUCAACCCCAACUUUGAGCUUGGCAACCGAGAUAUGGGUCGUCCUAUGGAGCUAACCACCAAGACACAGAAGUUCAAGGCCAAGCUGUGGCUGUGUGAGGAGCAUCCCCUGUCCCUGUGUGAGCAGGUGGCCCCCAUCAUUGACCUCAUGGCCGUCAGCAAUGCGCUUUUUGCCAAGCUCCGGGACUUCAUCACCCUGCGCCUGCCUCCUGGCUUUCCUGUCAAGAUUGAAAUUCCGAUCUUCCACAUCCUCAACGCCCGCAUCACCUUCGGGAACCUCAACGGCUGCGACGAGCCUGUGCCAUCGGUGCGAGGCAGCCCCAGCAGCGAAACCCCUUCCCCAGGCAGCGACUCCUCCAGCGUCAGCAGCUCCAGUUCCACGACCUCAUGUCGUGGCUGUGAGAUCUCCCCAGCGUUGUUCGAGGCCCCGCGCGGCUACAGCGUGCUGGGCGGCCAGCGGGAGGCGACAACCCGCGACGACGACGACGACCUGCUGCAGUUCGCCAUCCAGCAGAGCCUGCUCGAGGCAGGCAGUGAGUAUGACCAGGUGCGUCCCUGAGGC